AUGUCUCCAACGGCGAUGAGAAUUAUUGCUCCUUUAUCACUUGUUUUACUGCUAGCAUCUGCAUCAGAAGCAGCGGUCUCUCAACCUCGAGUGCACAUAGAACUCCUCAACAAGUUAUCUGAUAACAAAAAGCUAACCAUUCAUUGCUACGAAAGAUAUCGCGACGAUCUAGGUGAGUGGAUAAUCCCACCCGGAGAACAACACAUAUUUGCAUUCACGCCAGGAACAGUUGAUAAACCGACCAAGUAUUAUUAUUGUAGUGUAAAAUGGGAUGGUUCAAACCUAAAUUGGUUUGAUUUGUGGUCACGAGAAAAGGAUUAUAAUGCAUGCAAAGUUUGCAAAUGGAUCGUAAAUGAGAAGGAAGCUUGUAGGUUUGAUUAUGAUACAGGAGCUUAUUCUGUUUGUGUUGUCUAUAGACAACAACGAAUGAACUAA